UUUGGCCGUCCGACGUGUAAGAUUGUGAUUGGGCCGCACACGUAGCUCCCGUCGUGCUCAAUAUACUCGACCUCGGCGUCGAAAGGUUUUCUGUUCUGAUCAGAAUCAGAGAGAGAGUAAAUCUCAGAGAGCGAGCGAGCGAGCGAGCAAGAAACAGAGAGAAUGAGCGGAGAUCGAUCCCGGUCGUCGUUGUUCAAAGCCACUUCAGUCUUAUUCACACUUUUCUUCGUCUUCAAUAUAUGUGACGCUCUGUACGGACCAUCGUCACCCGUAAUUCAGCUAACUGCGUCCAACUUCAAGUCCAAGGUUCUGAACUCAAAUGGAGUUGUUUUGGUUGAGUUCUUUGCACCUUGGUGUGGACAUUGUCAAGCAUUAACACCUAUAUGGGAGAAGGCAGCUACCGUCUUGAAGGGUGUGGCUACUGUGGCAGCUCUUGAUGCUGAUGAACACAAGGCCCUUGCUCAGGAAUAUGGGAUUAGAGGAUUUCCAACAAUCAAGGUGUUUGCACCUGGAAAAGCUCCUGUAGACUAUCAAGGAGCGAGAGAUGUCAAACCCAUUGCAGAAUUUGCUCUCCAACAGAUAAAGGCGCUUUUGAAGGAACGCUUGAGUGGAAAAGCAACAGGAGGAUCAAGUGAAAAAUCCGAACCUAGUGCUUCAAUAGAAUUAAACUCCCGCAAUUUUGAUGAACUGGUGCUUAAAAGUAAAGACCUUUGGGUUGUGGAGUUCUUUGCACCUUGGUGUGGACACUGCAAAAAGUUGGCACCUGAGUGGAAGAAGGCUGCUAAUAGCUUAAAGGGGAAGGUCAAGUUGGGUCAUGUUGACUGUGACGCAGAGAAGUCUUUGAUGAGCAGGUUCAAUGUUCAAGGGUUCCCCACCAUUUUGGUAUUUGGUGCUGACAAAGAUACCCCUAUCCCAUAUGAGGGUGCAAGGACUGCUUCAGCAAUUGAAUCAUUUGCUCUUGAACAGCUGGAUACAAAUGUUGCACCUCCUGAAGUGACUGAACUGACUAGCCAUGAUGUCAUGGAAGACAAGUGUGGUUCGGCUGCUAUCUGCUUUGUGGCUUUCCUCCCUGACAUUUUGGACUCCAAAGCAGAAGGGAGGAACAAGUACAUUCAACAAUUACUAUCAGUUGCGGAGAAGUUCAAACGAAGUCCCUACAGCUAUGUCUGGGCGGCUGCUGGUAAGCAACCAGACCUUGAAAACCGUGUAGGUGUUGGUGGGUAUGGAUAUCCGGCAUUGGUAGCCCUGAAUGUGAAGAAAGGUGCUUAUGCCCCACUUAAGAGUGCUUUCGAGCUCGAUCAGAUUAUAGAAUUUGUAAAGGAAGCUGGGCGUGGAGGCAAAGGAAACUUGCCUCUAGAAGGAGUUCCGAAGAUUGUGAAGACAGAACCAUGGGAUGGUAAAGACGGAGAGAUCAUUGAAGAGGAUGAAUUCUCCCUUGAAGAACUAAUGGGAGAAGAUAACACAAGCAAGGAUGAAUUGUGAAGAAUUUUAUAGUGGUAAAAGAAAGGAGCUGGGAUUGUUAUAAAAUUUAGAAAUAGAUUUUUUGAUGUUAUGGAGCUCUGUCGGAAUCGCAGGUCAUUCUAAUGUCAGUAUGAUCUAUUAUAUCAUUAUGAGUGGUCUUUCACUUUCUUUCUUUCAGACCGAUCAAGUGUUACACCCUUUUUUGAGAUUUGUUUCAUGGCAAAGAAUUUUAGUGAACCAUUCAUGGCAAUAUUUCAAGUCACCCCUACAUAUGAGUUUCUCAUUUUCUUUA